AUGCGCGCCUCGACGAUCACGGCCAGGAUGCGCCUGCAGACGUGCCCCCUACGGGAAGAAGUCGGUGGUGCGCUCGGGCAUCCCGGUGCUGUGCGGGCGCGCGCAGGGUCGCCGCCGCCUGCCCUCCGGGAGGAGCGCUGCCGCUCGCGGCGCGGCCGCCGCUUGGACGCCACCGUCGUCCUCACGCCCUCGCCCGGAGACCCGCAGGCGCACCCUCACCAGGCGCCUGCGAGCGACGCGGCGCCCUCACGUCCUCGCCCUCGCCCUCGUCUCCGCGUCGUCCGUGGCGUCGCGCGCGCCGCGCAGCGUCGGACACUACACCUCGGCUCCCCGCCACCCCCGACCGCCCCGGCCUCGCCCACGCCCACGCGGGACACACUCCCGAGCGGCCCGCCGCCGACCAGGCGAAGCGCACAACUCCCAGCUGCCCCCGACCAGACGACGACGCUCGACCGCCAGGACCACCUCGACCGCACCGUUCGGCUGGAAGGCCACACAACCACCCUCGACCGCACGUUCGGCUGGAGGCCACCACCACCUCGACCGACGUUUCGGCUGGAGGCACACACACCACCCUCACGCACGUUCGGCUGGGACACCACCACCUCGACUCUCCGUUCAACAGGAUCGAACCAUCCGGCUCGACCAGACGAUCGCCCUCGAUACCGAGCGCCUCGGCGCGAAUCCCCCUGGCCAUACCUCCCGAGUAGGCGGGCGCACGCCGCGCAGAGGCCGCGCGACUUGGGGCCCUUCUCGAGGCGGGCGGCGCAACCCCCGGCCCCGCGCACGCGGCGCCUGCUCCAAGACGCGCCGUGCCCCCGCCGCAGCGCAGCGGCCGCGACUCCCGCCGCCGGCGGACGUCCUCGCGCCGCACGCCCAGGCCGCAAGCCCCCGCCCGAGCCGCAGCGCAGCUCCCCCCGCACAGCAACCGUGCCAACCCCUGCCGCCGCUGCACCCGCCGGACGCCUAUCGGCUGAGCAACGCGUUCGAUUUCACGAGUAG